GUCGGACACAAAGAUGGCCGUGCUUGAUACAAUGGCGGUCGUGUUCGACACGACGACUCACGAUGACGGUCGUGCACGACAACGAGCCGGACACGACGAUGAGCGUGUUCGACACGACGACGACCGUGUUCGACACGAUGACGAUUGUGUUCGACCUGACGACGAUCGUGCUCGACACAACAAGGAUCGUGUUCGACACGACGACCAUCGUGCUCGACACGACGAUGACCGUGUCGAACACGACGACGAUCGUGUUUGACACGACGACCAGCGUGUUCGACACGACAACGAUCGUGUUCAACACGACGACCAUCGUGUUUGACACGACGACCAAUGUGUCCGACACGACAACGAUCGUGUUCAACACGACGACCAUCGUGUUCAACACGACAACGACCGUGUCGACCAUCGUGUUCGACACGACGACGACUGCGGUGAAAGUUGACCGAUCGUCGAUUGCGUUCGUCGAGUCGAACACAUUAGCCGUGUUGAACACGAUAGGCAAUUCGAACACGAUAGGCGAGUCGAACACGUCGAGUCGGACACGAUCGUCGAGUCGGACACGAUCGUCGAGUCCAACACGAUCGUCGAACACGAUCGUCGAGUCGAACACGAUCGUCGAAUCGAACACGAUCGUCGAUUCGAACACGAUAGGCGAGUCGAACACGAUAGUCGAUUCGAACACGAUCGUCGAUUCGAACACGAUAGGCGAGUCGAACACGAUCGUCGAGUCGAACACGAUUGUCGAGUCGAACACGAUUGUCGAUUCGAACACAAUCGUCGAUUCGAAGACGAUCGUCACGAUCGUUUAGAUGGUGCCCUGUCGUCGAGUCGAACACGAUCCUUCCAUGUCCUCUAGUGGAACAAGAUUGUGCGCGGUGCAAGGUCAUCGAAUCGU